AUGACAGACGAGAUUCCAGAAAACUUCCUCCGGGCUCCAGUCCCAAAAGCAACCCUCCAUAUACUCGAUUUCGAGCACACAUCCCCACCGAUCCCCUUAUACAAAGGCCACUUCGCCGCUGUAGUGGAAAACCUCCUGACGGAAACCGAAUGCAAAGAGCUCAUUCGCCUAGCAGAAGAAUCGACGAGAAUUAAACUCGCAGAUUCAACCCUCUCACCCCCGGCAUGGGAACAGGCGAUGAUCAACGCCGGCGGCGGCAGACAAGUACUGUCCGUCGACACGCGCAAGAGCGGACGGAUCAUAUUGGACUCUCACGAUCUUUCAGGCAGGAUCCUGGACCGAAUAAUGCCUUUUAUUCAACAGUGCAAAAUUGACUGUAUCCAGAACAAACCGUUAAUUACGGGACUCAGGCCAGCAAAAGCGGGCGAAGUGUUCCAUCUCAGUCGGCUGAAUGAGCGUCUUCGGUUCCUGCGAUACGAGGGUGGAGAUUAUUUCAGGCCCCAUUGGGAUGGGCGUUUUGUUACCCCCGAUGAGCUAGAGAGCUCCCUUUUUACUAUUCAUUUAUAUCUGAAUGGAGAUGGAGAACAGGAUAUGGAGGAAUUACAACCUCAUAUUGAGCGGGCGGAGAAGAGUAAUUUGUUGUUUGUAAAUAGUUGGGAGAUUGAUCUUGCCGAGAAUGAGCCUGAGGAAGCUCAAGUUGGUGACGGGAAUGAGGCACUUCUGGGUGGUGCAACAUCGUUUAUGGCUGGAAUGAACUCGAAGGAGUCGGUUAGGGUCUUUCCGAAGACGGGGUCUGCUCUCAUCUUUCAGCAGAGGAAUCUGUUCCAUGGUGGAGAUGAUGUGUUUAGAGGUGUCAAGUAUACCUUGCGGACGGAUGUCAUGUAUACUACCGAGUAA